ACUGGUGUCCUUAUUAGAAGAGAUCAGAAAUCUCUCUCUCUCCAGAAUUCUCUCUCUCCCUGCAUGCACAGAAGAAAGGCCAUAUGAGGACACAGCAAGGAGCUGACCAUCUGCAGGCCAGCAAGAGAGCUCUCGCCAGAAACCAGCCCUGACAGCACCUUGAUUUUGGACUUCUAGCCUCCAGAGCAGUGAGAAAAUAAAUUUCUGUUGUUUAAGCCACCCAGCCUGUGGUACUCUGUGAUGGCAGCCUGAGCUGACUAAUACAUUCAUUCUCCUCGUCUGCAAAGCAGGGAUAAAAUUAGGACCUGCAUCAUGAAGCUAUUGUGAGAAGCCAGUGAGGAAAUGCAUGUGUAAUGCCUGCCUGUUUAACUUUCCUACAGCACCUUCAGCACCUGGAACAGUGCCUGGUGUGUAGUGGAUGUUCAAUACCGACUGAACUACAUCCACCAAGAAAGGAAGCUGUCAGACUCAAUAUCCGUGUGUAUUUCUGAGCUUUUCACUAACCUCCCUCUCCUUGAUCAUUGAUCAUCGCUCUCCAGCGAAUGACAGCAGGCACAAAGGAGUUAAGAAAAGUGUCUGCAGGGAUGGUCUCCUGGUUUUAAUUGGAUCUGCCAUUAAUACCCUGUCUUCUGUGAACUGGGAAAGGGCUUGGUCUGGCUCAUCCUGAGUAGAGUCUGAGUCUCUGGGAGGAGGCGACAUUGACCAGGCAGCUUUGGGGCCCUUGGUCCAGCCUUGCGGGCCUGGGCAUUGAGGAGGGAGCUCUUCCUCCCGUGGGGCAGGGGGCAGGAGCUGCAGCUGUGGGAUGCAGCGGUGGGGGAGCUAGGGCUGGGCCCUGGGAGUGGCAUGGACGAAGUUGGUCUGGGGCUGGAGGCCACAGCAGGCCCACCUUCCUGGUGCUUGCACGAUGCAAAUGAUGGGAACAAUAGGGCCCCUGUCCCCAGGCCAUUUGUGGCAGAACCUGGACCCUGGGGAGGCAUAGCUCCUUUACCUUGGCCAUGGUGAGACUUGGUUCUGGGGGCAGCCCCAGGUGCACAGACCUGCCCACCCCUGGGGCCCAGGACUCCGGGCAGGGAGAGACAUCCCACCUGAACUGACCACCCCCUUAUUUUCCUCCCUGACUCUUUCCAGGACAAGCUCAGCAGGAGCAAGGCCAGGUUGGGGCCACACCUUCCACCCCCAAGAUGUGCAGGUAAGUGACCAACCCCCAGAUGCGUAGGAGCCCCUGCAAGUCGAGUCUCCCCUGAGGACUCUGGACACCUCCUGCCCAUUAUAGUCCGGUGCUGUUAAGUCACUGGGCCCUAGCUCUUCCACCUGUCUCGGUCAGAAUUAGGGAUGCAUGGGGUAGGGGACUGGCAUAGGUGGAACAGGCUGUGAGACCCCCCUAUCUCCAAAACGCCUCACUGGUCUUGCUGCAGUGUUGGAAAGGCCCACCGUGAAUGGUUCCUUUGAGGCCACUGUAAGAGUGCAGAUGGUUUAUUAUAUUUUGGAGAGAGAGUAAGUCAUUGUGCUAGAGAGGGACUGGGCCAUGAGGAUAUGAGGACAGUCUCACCAGUCUCCCAUCCAGACUCUCCUGCUUGGAGAAAAGAUGACCCCUGCCCAUCUCCUCUGUCUGCCUCAGGGACCAGGAGACGCAGGCAUCCCUUCCCAGAAGCCCAGGAGGAGGAGGAAGAAGAGGAGGAUAAAUAUGAGCUGCUCCCCUGUGAGGCUCUGCUCCGCCACCCAGCCCCCGCCCACCUUCCUGGCACUCAGGAGGACUCUUUGUACUUGGAUCACUCUGGCCCCCUGGGCCCUCCCAUGUCACCACCACCACCGCCACCACCGCCACCGCAGCCCCAGCCCGAGAUGAUGAACAACCUCCCUACCUGCCCCACCCCAGGCUACCAUUUCCCACCCAAGGCAGCAUGGAGCCCGCCCGGAGGCCACAAAGCAGAGCUGGCCCUUUGGGAGGCGAGGUGCCGGGCCCAGCAAAGAAGCCCGAGGAGGACAUUUACGUAGAUUGUGAGCCCAGUCCAGUCCCGGCCUUGCCUCAGACUCUGAGCUCCCAAGUCCUGAGGCCCCCAGUCCCUCUACCAAGGACAUCAGUGGGGCCCAGGCCCACCACAGCCCCCCAGGAAGCUCAGAAUGGAGCAUCGAAUGCCACCUCUAAAGGAUCUGCACCAAAUCAGGAAGCUCCCAACCUGUACCUUAAAAUCACUCCUCACUUGGAGGUCACGCGUGGCCUAGCCGGAAGGAUAGCCUCUCUUUGCUCUGUAGCUGCCACCCAGAAUGCCUCAGCUGCUGAGGAAGGCGAUCUGCUGGGCCAGCCUUGGUACUCAGGGAACUGUGACCGCCAUGCUGUUGAGAGUGCCCUGCUGCGACGCCAAAAGAACGGGGCCUACACCGUGCGCCCCAGCUCAGGCCCUCGUGGUUCUCAGCCCUUCACCCUGGCAGUACUUCUCCACGGCCGGGUCUUCAACAUUCCCAUCCGCCGGCUGGAUGGCGGGCGCCACUACGCCCUGGGCCAGGAAGGUAGGAACCACGAGGAGCUCUUCUCCUCCGUAGCCGUCGUCCAGCACUACCUGCAGCACCCCCUACCACUCGUGGACAGACACAGCGGCAGCCGGCAGCUCACCUGCCUGCUCUUCCCCACCAAGCCCUGACGCCACAGCGCACGUGCACCCCGGCCUCCGGUUCCACAGUUUGCUCCUCGGGCUGUCUCCCUCUCCUCUCCCAGGCGGUGGAUGAGAGUGGCCACUCUACACUUUCCCCAGGCCGACUCAGCAAUCCUGCAGGCAGAUCACACAGGCAAGAUGACACCUGAAGAGUCAGCCAGUCUGCACUCAACGGAGAAUGAUGCAGAACCCAACCUCCUGCCUCGAUGAUUCACUGAGAUUCUUCCCCCUCAUUUUUCCCGUUAAAAAAUGUCAUGGCUGAGCAGAAUCUUUAGAGUUGGUCUCUGGACAUGAAUCCACCUUCUCCCCAGAUUGCCGGCUUUUCUAAUUAAAGUAACUUUCCUUUCUACUGA